GAAAACUACCUCAGAACUUGAACCAUGAGCACUGAAGAAGAUGUCGCACAGCGUAGAACUGCGAUUACCGAUUACCGCAAAAAGCUACUCCAGCACAAAGAAUUUGAGUCUAGAAUACGCACUGUGAGGGAAAAUUUGAGAUCUGCAAAGAAAGAGUUUAACAAGACCGAGGAUGAUUUGAAAUCUCUUCAAAGUGUUGGUCAGAUCAUUGGAGAAGUACUCCGAUCUCUUGACAAUGAACGCUUGAUUGUUAAAGCACGCAGUGGACCUCGGUAUGUGGUUGGUUGCCGCAGCAAGGUGGAUAAGGAAAAACUAGUUCAAGGAACUAGAGUCGUUCUUGAUAUGACAACACUUACAAUUAUGCGUGCUCUUCCACGCGAGGUAGAUCCAGUUGUUUAUAAUAUGCUGCAUGAAGAUCCUGGUAAUGUCAGCUAUUCAGCCGUGGGUGGUCUAUCUGAUCAAAUUAGAGAAUUGGGGGAAUCUAUUGAGCUACCUCUUAUGAACCCUGAGCUUUUCAUAAGAGUGGGGAUUAAACCUCCCAAGGGUGUCCUUUUAUAUGGACCUCAUGGUGCUGGAAAGACAUUAUUGGCUAGGGCUAUUGCGAGUAAUAUAGACGCUAACUUUUUGAAGGUUGUUUCAAGUGCCAUUAUUGAUAAGUAUAUUGGAGAAAGUGCUAGGCUGAUAAGAGAAAUGUUUGGAUAUGCACGUGAUCAUCAGCCCUGCAUCAUUUUCAUGGAUGAAAUUGAUGCCAUUGGUGGACGCCGAUUUAGUGAAGGAACAAGUGCUGAUCGUGAAAUUCAGAGAACACUAAUGGAGUUACUUAACCAGCUCGAUGGGGUUGAUCAGCUUGGGAAGGUUAAAAUGAUAAUGGCAACAAACCGACCUGACGUUCUCGAUCCUGCACUUCUCCGUGAUUAUGUCAUUCAUGAAGACUUUAUGAAGGAUGUGAGGAAGCUGAAUGAGGCAAAGAAACUUGAAUCUAGCGCGCACUAUAAUUCUGCUAGAUCCCUUCUUAGGCUCUCGGCCUCGUUGUGGGCUUCCGCUAUUCUCCCGAAAUCCUUCCCGUCGAAAGUCACCGGCGGUGGAAUUGAGGAUUCUACUGAUUUCCUUUUUCUCCCUUGCGAUAUGUUCCUUGCUUUGUCUUUCAGGUUCAUUUCUUCAGAAGUCAUCUUCCUCAAUGAAACUUUUUUUGAGUUCAGAAAAGCUCCUUCGAAUUUGAAGUUAAGUUAA